ACAUUCACGAGGCGUAGGCUAGAGGUGGCGGUCGCUCCGACUAUUGGAAUACACCAACAGCAACUUCGCACUUGCUGCCCGCUGCAGCUCAAGGCACACCCGAGAAAAGUGAGCGUGAAGGCAGACAGGCAAGGGGUUCGGGUGAACAAGCGCUGCACAUCACCGGACGGACGUCAAGUCUUUUCCCGAGGAUUCGACUCUGGGAUCGGCAGGAGUGAGCCACGAAGUGUUGCAAAUAAUUGCCUUUCUUCAACAUACGGACACAGGCUGAGCACUGGCAAUUGUUGCGGAAGGCGGACAGCCAAGAUACACCAGGGACGAAGGAGGGGGGAAUCAAGAAAAGAAGAAGGUAUUCAAUCAAGCAUGACUUCUUUCUCGUCCGGGGGUGGUGGGGGUGCCGGUGAUGUCUUCAUCGGGUCAUUCAACAUCAACUCGGAGGAUCUCACAGUUGACGCUGCCAGGGCCUGGCUCAAGCAGGCAGAGGGUGCGGACAUCGUUGCCUUGGGACUGCAGGAAUGUGGUACCGUUCCAGCCAACCCGUUCCCGGAGCCAAUCAACGGCAAGGCGAUCGCGAUGUGGCAGCACGUCAAAGACGUCGCCGUCCCCGAGGCAAGAGUUGAAUGCGCCAAUCUCGUCGGCUGGGGGUCCCGUGGAAUGGCCGGGGUGGCCCAGGCAGCCGUGGCAGCGAAGCUGGCUGCAGCGCACAGGGGCGAGAGGGCCCAAGCGGGCGCUACAUCUACCGGUGUGACGAAAGCGCCGCUGGCCUGCGGCAGUGGGGGUGAUGCCGGGCAAGGACAGGAAGAGGAUGAUUCUUUCGAGGAGCCCCCGAGCAGCGGGCCGGUGCUGCUGGGUGGCUCUUCUGAGGGUUGCACGGGUAUGCGGCAGGAGUCUUACUACCUUCGGGGUGAGAUCGACGAAGGCCGGGACAACAAGAUGCUAGCCACCAUCGCCGACUGCAUCCCAGGACGGCAAUUGGUUGCCGAUGUGGCCAUGGGCGAGACGCCGACUCACGGCAAGAUUAAGGUCAACAUAUCAAGAAACUUGUCACCAAAGACACCCCCGCGAGGCGUCUCGGCGUCAUCAGCAGCAAUCGAGGCUGCGAUGGCAGCUGGCGCCAACCACGAAUCAAGCAGCGAAGGGUUGGACGCUGCCGGGUGCGACGGGCCUCUCGACGAGAGCGGAAGGCCGGACUGGUCUGCCGGGGACGUCGGUGCGGGGGGCGUCACCACCCAUCACAAUGGUAGCGGCAGUGCAGACCCCGCUAACGGCGCUGUGUUCAAGACCGUAGAAUGGUACGGAACUAUCCGUCUUCUUGUCUUCGUAAGAGAAGACCUCUACAAGAACCUUAGAGUUAAAACCGUGGUCAUUCCUGCCGGGGAUAAGCCUUCGGUAGUUGCCGAUGCUCCGGAGGACUACGCGAAGGACACCUCUCCGGACAAAGGCGCCGUGGCUUGCUACCUAGAGGACCCGUCGAGCGAGAGCCCGCUGCAGCUGGCGCUUGUUAACUGCCAUCUCUACGGCACGAACAAGUAUGGCGUGAAGGAGGCCGUCUUCGACAAGUACCGAAUGGCGCAACUCCGUGCGAUAGACUUGGCCCUCAAGGGCACUAUACCAACCGCGGCAACAGCGCCGCUCGUACUCUUCGGAGACCUCAACUUCAGGGUGGAGAUGCUGAGCGGAACGGAAGAUAAGGCUAAGGGCGGGAACGAUUUCCAGGCAGUCAGAGAGAUGGCGGAAAAGUGCAACUCCACGGUCCUACUCGACUUGUACAACAGAGCAGAUAGGCUGAGGCCACUGCUCGACGGAGAAAAAGGAGGAUGCAGAGAUAGCCCUUUCGCGGAAGGACACAGGGGAGAGACUGGUAGCGCUACGGGUGAUGAUGGCAGGGCGUCUCUCGAGGAUGCUGCGAUGCCGUGGCUACUCACGGGUUUGAGGGAUGGUUUGGGCCAAUCUCUUACUGCAGGUCAUCCGGUGCGACCAACCUUCACUUUUAAGCCCAAGGACGCCUCGAGUACUCCUCGCAGGUAUAACGACAAGCGGACUCCGUCAUGGACCGACCGCAUCUUGUGGCGAGGCUUUGAAGACGACGAGCGCCUUGACGCCCAUCCCCAACAAGAAGGCUCUCCUAGAGGACAACCUGUUUCUGGCGCUGGUCGUGCUAUCAACAGCACCUUCGCCUCGGUACAGGAAGUGAUCGCGUCGGACCAUGAGCCCGUCUUCUGCGUGCUUGGCCUACCACGUAAGAUUAUCGCACACGGCAGGGCGUAGUCUGUUGUGGCUGCUGCGGCGCGUUGCUGUCUGUACUUUCAACAACCUCUACUGUACCAUCCUAUACCAAUACCUCCGCUGCGGUGCUCUUGAAGGCGAUGAGACGAAUCACAUCUCGCCAACAGUCUGAAAAGCUAGUUUCACCUAUGAAAGACAAACAGCGGGGUAGUGUAGAGAGGGCACAGACGGAAAGUAGGACCCAUCCAUUGCUUCAACCCGGCAACUAAGGUCCGACCAUACCAAUUAUUUCUCCGCGAUUAUUUUCCGAAGUCUACCUAGCUCGUUGGCGUUUGUGUUCCACAGACCAAUCACAUCCGGCCUUCACCGUGUCAAGGUGUGAGACACGCAUGUCAUGAUGCCAUGCAAGGCUGUAGUACGCCCUGUGUUUGUGUCCACGCACCCCUCUGACACCGGCGGGCGAGCUCUUAGCUCUUCUUCUCUUCGUUAAGUUUUUCCCGAACUAAGCGCACAUGAUCUUCCACCCGAACCAAGCGUACAGUAUCUACAACAAAAGGAUACACGUGAACAAUCAAAAGAGAAGCUCUUGUAGGCCAGCUUGAUCCAAGCGAUCAGUCAGACAACACACCUAUUCCGAAGCAAACAAGCCCCAGGUAGAGAUUCAAUUGUUAGCUGAAACGUGUACUGCUGAGGUAUCCGUGUUGUUUGUAGCAUACCACACGCUCACAUUGUCGCAUAGACCGCUACUGCUGCAUCAUCGCAGUACAGCAUUAGCCAUGAU